AGAAAUAUGAAUGAUUAUGUACUUGAAUUUGUAGCGUUUAGAUGUUCUCUUCAGAGGGUGAAAGGUUAUUUUAUUUUCUGUCAAAACAAAACGGCUCAGUCAGGAUUGGCAGCCUUUGUGCGGAGUCUGUGCGCUCUAAUGUGAGCAAAGUCAUCAAAAUCGGAGACCAUCACUGUUAAGUUAUAUACUGACCAGUGUGGUAUACGCUCAAAAGUUGCUGAUGCUACCAACAUGAACCAGCCUGCAGUAGAAACCAACAGACCAGGGGAUAGGAGCCCUACAGCCAAGGACAACAACACGUUACCCAGAGGCAGCCCAGAUGCUAAAGGUGCAUUCAUACCAGUCUCAAACUCCUCAACGCCACCCAGAGGACAAAUGUUAACUGUUUCCGUGGAUACACAAGUCAUGGAUGGCCCCAAGGGGAGGUCACUUGUGCACAUUACACCCGAAACACCAGUUACAUCUUCAGGGGAUAUGUCAAGUACCACAGGUGCCAGGUGUUCCGUAGGGACCACAGAUAGUAAUGAUAAACAGAGCCAGGUGAAUAUGCGGCUGGUACACAGUCUUCAGGUGAGUCACCUGCCAGACCAGGACGUCUCUGACAGAAGUGCAGACAGAGAGGUCGCCACUCUCUUCCCAGGGGAGUCUUCUCGGGGUCCCUCACCAACACCUCUUCCCAAAAGAACAUUUACUCCAUCCAAGAACUUCUCUCCAAUCAAGCCUCCCAACAUGUUGACCAACAGACCUCGAGGAAAUGUCAAAUCUACCACACCUUCUAUCGAAAACAUGACUAUUCACCAACUUGCAGCUCAAGGGGAGGUGGCCCUACUCAGUAUCAGGCAUGAUGAGGGCUAUGACAUGAAUGAAGUAGAUGAGAAUGGAUUGACAUCGCUAAUGUGGGCGUCCUCCCAUGGGCAAGUGGGUGUGACUGUCUUCCUGCUGGAGAAUGGGGGCAGUGUGCAUGGAGCCACCAGGGAGGGGGAGACUGCCUUGUCUUUUGCCUGUUGUAAGGGACACGUGGAGAUUGUACAGGCACUGCUGAAGGCUGGAGCUGAUGUCAAUGCCUUCGACUGGAAUGGAGGAACCCCUCUACUGUAUGCCGUCCAUGCAAAUCACCCCAAGUGUGUGCAGCUUCUACUGAGCCAUGGUGCAGACCUGACAGCGGAGACAGACUCUGGACAGAGCCCACUAGGGCUAGCCAUUACACUGGGACACAGAACAGUCCAACAGGUGAUAGAAAACCACAUGUUGAAGAUGCUGGAGGGUGCUGUAAGAUGACAGACAUCGCCAUAGUAACCUGAAUGUAGCUAGUGCAAAUCAUCCCCAUAGUGAGAUCUAUUAACAUACAGACAAAACUGGCCGAGAAACCAAGGAGGUCAAAUCUCCUUGGAGCAACUCAAUGAUAUGACAUCAAAGAGAGACUUGAAAAUAUGUUGACAGAUGACCAUUGCAGUCUGCUUACAUUCUAUCCCACUCCUAGAAUUAAGCAUAAGCAUUUUUCCGACAGCUUAUCUUUCCAGCCAUAAUUGAUACAAAUGCCAAUAUGUAGGACCACAACUAUAUGUUACAUCCUUGAAUUACUGUUAAGGUUAACCUAUGUCUUAAAUUAAAGACGUUUGUGUAUGAUAUUACAUGGACUUGUAGUACUCCU